AUGGACGCAUCAUCUACCGACAGGCCCAAGGAGGUCGCCGAGGGGGAAAAGGCCCAGUACACGGCUGGAAACAAUUACAGCGACGAGGACAUUGCGCUCGCAGCCUUGCGCAGGAUCACGACCAGCGAGCCUGGCCAUCCUACACACUGGCCUCUAUGGAAGAAGUGGCUCAUUACGACCAUUUACUGUAUGCUGCAGACAUUUGUCACGCUGACAAGUACGACAUAUGUGAGCGCCGAGUUCUUGAUUGAGGAGAAAUUCAAUGUCUCGAACACGCAAAUCGUCGCUCUCGGACAGAGCAUGUUUAUCCUUGGAACCGCCGUAGGACCCGUUGUCCUCGGACCUCUAUCCGAUAUUGGUGGCCGCAAAUGGGUCUAUGUCGUCGCAAUCUUCUUUUAUGCACUGGUCAAUAUUGGCUGUGCUCUGCCCCUGAACCUGCCCAUGCUCAUCAUUUUCCAAUUCCUUAGUGGAACAACUGGCAGUGUAGCCUUGUGCAAUGUCGCAGGAACUAUUGCAGACUUGUUUGGCAGCGAAGAUGGCGCCGGCCAACCCAUGGCCUUGUUUGUCGCAUCCGCCAACAUUGGUCCCAGUAUUGGAUCUCCUGUUGGAGAAUGGAUUGCAGACAAUGUCAACAUGGGCCUACCCUGGAUCUUUUGGAUCAACGUCAUUAUUGCCGCUGUUUUUGUUGUCAUCAUGUGCUUCAUUCCCGAAACACUGCCCAGCAUUGUGAUUCGCAAUGAGGUCAAGAAGCGCAACCUUGACGAGCCCGAGGAGAUUGCCGUUCUCGAGGAAAAGGUCAAUGUUUUCAAGGAAAUCAGAUUUGUCACCUUGAUGGCUCUGCGCAUCAUGGUCACCGAGCCCAUGGUCACUUUGCUCGGUGUUUACAAUGGGUUUGCCUAUGGUCUCUUGUUCCUCUACCUGGACGGAGUGUUUGAUGUGUUUGUCGUCAACAAUGGUCUGUCCUAUAUUGGUGCCGACUUGACCUACCUCAACUUUGUUGUAGGUGUCGUGGUCAUGUUCAUGUUUAUCCCACUCCAGACCUGGCUCUUUAAGCGCGACCGUCUCAAGAAUGGUGGCAUUGGCCGACCAGAGGCACGCUUCCUGACGUCUCUCGUCACCGUCUGGCUCUUUCCCGUCUCGCUCCUCUGGUUCGCCUUUACCUGCGACGGCAACACUUCGUUUUGGUCGCCCGUCGUUGCCGGUGGUGUUCUCGGCUUUUGCGACCCUCUGCUGUGGCUCAGCAUGUUGAACUACAUCACCGAUGCCUACACGACUGUUGCCGGAUCUGCCAUUGCUGCUUUCCUUAUUCCUUCGUUUGUGAUUGCUGCUGCCUUGGCCCAUGCUGGUAUCGCCAUGUUUGAAAACAUGAGCAGCAAGUGGGCAAUGGCCACUCUUGGCUUUGUCUCUUUUGGCCUGGUAGCUCUCAUUUAUGUUGUAUACUUUUUUGGCCCAAGGAUGCGGGCUCGAUCAAAGAUUGCCCGAUCUCCUUAG